AUGUCCUCUGCAGCGGCUGCCGAUGCCACGCAAGCGCCCAAUCUAGCGGGCUCAAAGAAGAAGAAUAGCAAGAAGAAGAAGAAUGCCAACAAAAACAAGGACAACGCCCCUGCCGACAAUGGCAAACCGCAAAUCGACCCCGAAAACGACGGCGACGAAAAUGACGACGACGAACACGAGCAGUCCAAUGACGAGCCCCCCAACAAAGCGUUGAAUGGGCAUGCCACAGAUACCCCUAAUAAUAGCGAUGCUACCAGCGAUGCCAAGGAUCAAGGGGCCCUCCAAGCAGAGGUUGAGCAAUUGCGCAAACAGCUAGAAACAAUACAACAGACACACAACACCGAAAUCGAACGACUACAAACCGAGCUAGAGGAAAGCAACACUGCUAAAGAGACAGCGGAGGAGCAAUAUCAGACUCUACUGGAGCGUGUAGAAAAGAUCAAAGAAACGCUGAGCGACAGGCUACGGCGCGACAAGGCAGAACUGGACGAGGCCAAAGAGCGAAUAGAGGAUCUCGAAACACAAAAUGAGCAACUCGAAAACUCGGCGAGCUCCUCUGGCAAGGACCACCAGAAGCUCCUCCAAGAGCUCCAAGACGCCAACCGCGAGCUGACAACGCUGCGCAGCCGCAGCAACCUGUCGACGCAAAACUGGAACAAGGAGCGGGAGGACCUGACGCGCGCAGUGCAGCGCCUCAAGGAGGAGAUGGGGACGACGGCCAACGCCAUGGGCGAGUGGGAGGUUAUCGCCAUGGAGGAGCGCUCCGUCAAGGAGAGCCUGGGCGACAAGAUUGCCGAGCUCGAGGAGCAAAUCGCCUCGCUCCGGCAGGGGUACGAGAGCGCGGCCAACGAGCGCGACAGCCAGUCGACGCUGAUUGACAACCUGCAGAACGCGCUGCGCGAGAUCCAGGACGCGCGCAAAAGGGAGCUGCGCGACAUGGUCGAGAGCACCGAGGCACAGCUGCAGGCCCAGAAGAAGCUCGCAGCCGAGGCCGAGGCGCGCGCCACCGAGGCCCAGGACGCCAAGGAUGCGCUGAUCAAGGAGGUGGAACGGACAGCGCCCUUUGAGAAGGAGGUCAAGGAGAAGAACCUCCUCAUUGGCAAGCUCAGACACGAGGCCAUUAUUCUCAACGACCACCUAACAAAGGCUUUGCGCUACUUGAAAAAGACCAAGCCCGAGGAGAAUGUUGACAGACAAGUCGUCACCAACCACCUGUUGCACUUCCUCACGCUCGACCGCGGCGACGUGAAGCGCUUCCAGGUCCUACAGAUCAUGGCGGGCUACCUCGACUGGACCGACGAGCAGCGGGAGCAGGCUGGCCUGUCCCGCCCCGGUGGCUCCGGCGGCUCGCUGCGCCUCCCCGUGUCGCCGUUCCAUCGCACGCCGAGCUCGCCGUCGCUGCACAAUGACCUGCUCUCGGAGCCCACCUCGGCCAAAGACAGGGAGUCGCUAGCCGAGCUCUGGGCCGGCUUCCUGGAGCGUAGCGCCAAGGAGGGCCUGCCCGACGGCGGCGACGCCACGUCGCGCAAGACGAGCGUCAGCAGCGUGGCGACGGGGACGACGGAAAAGAAAUUAUGA